AUGGCUACCGUCACGAUCAACACGAUACCUCCCAUCAACGAGCGUCCGAUCAAGAACACUGUGGUCCUCUUCGAUGUCGACGGCACGCUCUCACCAGCGCGUCUGCAUGCCUCGCCAGAAAUGCUCCAACUGCUCUCCGACCUUCGCCGAAAAGUCGCAAUUGGUUUCGUCGGCGGAUCCAAUCUCGUAAAGCAACAAGAGCAACUCGGCACCUCAGCAAUCAACGUCACCACCCUCUUCGACUACUGCUUCGCCGAGAAUGGUCUCACCGCAUACCGCAUGGGCCAGCAGCUCCCCAGUAACAGCUUCAUCCAGUGGAUCGGCGAGGACAAGUACAAGAAGCUAGUAAACUUCUGCCUCCACUACGUCGCCGACCUCGAUAUCCCAGUCAAGCGUGGCACCUUCGUCGAGUUCCGAAACGGCAUGAUCAAUGUCAGCCCAGUCGGCAGAAACGCCAGCACACAGGAGCGAAACGAUUACGAGAAGUUUGACCUAGAGCACAAGAUUCGGGAGAAGUUUAUCGCGGCGUUGAGGAAGGAGUUCCCAGAUAUCGGUCUGACAUACUCGAUCGGUGGACAGAUUUCAUUCGACGUGUUCCCAACAGGUUGGGAUAAGACAUACUGCUUGCAGCAUUUGGAGAAGGACAAGGACCUGCCAGAUGGUGUGGACUUCAAGACGAUCCACUUCUUUGGUGACAAGGCGUUCAAGGGUGGUAAUGACUACGAGAUCUAUGAGGACUCGAGGACUGAGGGACAUUCGGUGAAGAACCCAGAGGAUACCAUGAAGCAGGUCAAGGAGCUGUUUGGUCUGUGA